AUCAUGGCCCAUGGCCCCUAGCCCCUGGCCACUUGUUCGACCGAGCCCGUAUUGGGCACACGGGUAUACCUUCUGAUUCCCGCGGUGUUUGUGAUAAAAGAGUCUGAUGAGAGAAAGUCUGCGACCACGGUCCUGUUCUAUCCUGUAACGAUGAGCGUCGACUCAUCUCAGCAGCUGGAAAAGCCCGUCAUCGACCAGGAGCUGCCAGAUCUACAGCCUAUCAAGCGAGACAAGGAAAACCCGAUAGUACAUCCUAUCAGCGUUACUUCCGAUGCAGCUCAGUCUCCCCUAGAAUAUCGCCUCUACAAACGGCGCUUUGUCGGUGUCUUUGGCUUUGUUGUUCUGAAUAUCGUCGCAGCUAUGAGUUGGCCGUGGUUCGGGCCCAUAGCCAAUGAAACAUCUCAGGAACUUGGCUUCUCUCUAAACCGAGUAAAUUGGCUGGGAAAUAUAAUGGCUUGUAUCUACCUCCCUGUAGCAAUUCUCAUUCCGCCAUUUAUAUCUCGAUAUGGCCUUCGACGAUGCUGUGAUGUCGGCGCUUUGUGUUUAAUUCUCUCCUCGUGGAUAAGAUACGCAGGGACUUCCAGAUCUCUGUCUACGCAAAGCUCUUACGCUUUACUCAUGUUCGGUCAACUAUUUGCGUCGGUCUCGCAGCCUAUCUACCAAGUGCUUGGUCCAAAGUAUUCUGAGACUUGGUUUAACUUGCAGGGGAGGACAACCGCCACAAUGAUCAUAGCUAUCUCUAAUCCUAUUGGGGGUGCCAUCGGCCAGCUCCUCAGCCCCCUUGUGGGUGACACUCGACAAUCAAUUCUUGUCCUUGGCAUCAUAUCAACCGCGGCGACUCCAUGCGUGUUUCUCAUAAGAUCUACUCCUCCUACGCCGCCCACAUAUGCUGCGUCCCGAACACAUCCGUCUCUUCUCUCCUUCGUCAAACGGGUCCUAGGCUUGGAUAAAACACCGGGAGAGUAUUACAUGACUGUGAGAGAACGCUUCGAUUUUGGGAUUAUAUGGAUCAUCUUCUCCUCGCUCGUAGCCGCAACCAAUACUUUUGCCUUACUGUCGGCCGAAAUUAUGGAACCUGUUGGCUAUUCAUCUGAUACCAGCGGACUGAUGGGGGCCUGUCUACUUCUAACGGGCAUCGUUGCUGCGAUAGUUACUGCGCCACUUUUCGACAGAGUCUUUACUAGACAUCUCGCCAUCACAACGAAGAUCGCAGUACCCAUCGUGGCCGUGGUGUGGUUAUCCAUGAUUUGGGCAGUGAAGCCAAAUAAUACCGGCGGACUGUUCACCAUCAUGACUAUUCUAGGUGUCGGAUCUGUUCCCAUGCUACCAGUUGCACUUGAGUUAGGUUGUGAUCUGACCAGGAACGCGGAGGCGAGUUCUUCAUUGUUAUGGUUUGGAGGAAAUCUUUUUGCUAUCAUGUUUAUAUUGGACCUAGUGAUGGAUGCGCUGAGAGCCGGCCCAGAUGCGGAGCCGCCUCUUAACAUGCGCCGGGCAUUGAUAUUCAACGGGGCGUUCGUGUUAGCUGCGGCAUCAUUUGUGGCACUCCUGCAGGGAAAGCAAGUGAGGAAGGAUAUGGAUGAGAUUAAACUCCAAGAGUCGACGCAAACAAGGAGAACAGACGAGGAAGCUCCGCCGUGA